GCGAAGGCUGGCCCAUAGGCGGCAGACGGAGCAGUGCGCCAAUGAUGCCAUUGCGGGUCUCAACGCUCUCCAUCCUCCGUGCGAGCAGCGUGGGCCCAUCACGGCGGCUCAGCGGCUUGCUACCGCCACCAUUUUGAACGAGGUCAGGAUGGCCCCGAAGUCUGACACUCACUUUUCUCGCCGUGGAGCCGCGAAGGAGCUCCUGGCCUCCAGCCUGUCCUACACCGCGGACGAGGCACCGAGUCCCGUGGUAAGGUACGUCAGAUCCCGAGUCGACAUCCCAGAAGUGGGUGCGGUCAUACCUCCUGUUGAGUCGGUGCUCGACGGGAUCGGGGGGAGCUACGUGCUGGACUACGAGCAAGCGAUGAUGAAGACUCCUGACGAGUGGUCCCGCGUCUUGGAUAGCGAGCCGCCCGUCACUCCCUACAUGGACGAAGUUUUGAAGCGUGACCCUGUGGCAGACCACACCUUCAUCGGCCACCUGGUGAAGGCUAACAUGCUGGGUUUCACGUGCCGCCCGAAGGAUUUAGUCACCCCUUUUUUCGUGGCCAAGAAGAGUGGAGCACAGCGUCUCGCGUGGGGCGCUAGAGUGCCAAAUCGACGUUUUCGCGACCCGCCGCCGCUGGCCAUGGGGACAUCGGCUGCGCACGGUCGCCUACAGCUCCCUGAUGAUCGUAAGGAGGACGGCAGCUUCAGCACCAAGCUCUUCUGCGCCCAGGCUGAUGUGCGCAACUACUUCUACGCUCUCGGCCUGAGGGAGGAGCUGGGACUGUUCUUCUCGCUGCCGCCGGUGUCGCAGGGGGCUGGGUGUGGCCGUUCCUGCGGGUCGUUCCGAUGGGCUGGUCUUGGGCUUUUCUGGCUUGGGCAGCGUGCGAAUGCGCAUGUCUGCUGCUCUGCCUCGGGGCUCGGGUUCCCGCGGGUGGUGACCGAUCACGGUCCGGUGCCCCCGCUCGACGGGGGGGUCCCUUGCCUCCUCCCCUAUUGCGAUAACAUCAACGUCAUCGGCACCGACCCUGUCAGAUGCAAUGUCUUGAUGCACCAGAUCUGCGACGCCUGGAGGAAGCAUGGCGUGCAGAUUCACGAGGUGGUCGAGGCCACUGACGUCUUCACCAGCCUCGGCCGUCUGAUCGAAGGCGCGUCUGGGCGAGUUUUCUCACGGCCCGAGCGCUCCGAGCGCCUCCGCCAAGCUCCACUGUGGCUAGAGCAGCGCCCUAGAGUCACGGGGAGGGAGGUGGAGAGGUACGUGGGUCAUCUCAUUGAUCAUCUGAUGCUGAAGAGGGAGCUGCUCUCGAUCCUCAGGAGUUUGUAUGAUUUCGUCAGAGAUUGCUAUCUCGUGCGAGCCCGUCUCUGGCCCUCAGCUGCCCGCGAAGUCGAGCAGUGCCGUCGCCUGCUGCCGCUGAUGUCUGCUAACCUUCGGCUUCAGUGGUCGCCGACGGUCUUCGCUUGCGACGCUUGCUUGACGGGCAUGGCGACAUGCCAGACAACACUGUCAUCAGAUCUUGUCAAACGUAUCGGGUCAGUCAGUGAGAGAUGGAGAUAUCGCAUGCCUUCGGCUAUCUCGGCACGCCGUUCUGCUCUGGGAGUCCGUUCUGGAGGCUACGGGGCCUCGGAGGGGCCGUUCGACGUCUUCAGCGACAUCGAGACCGUCAAGGCCCCCAAGAGCACCAGCAUGGACCUUGGCAAGGACCUCUGGGAGCUCAACCCGCAGUUCGCAGAGGUGCCCGUACAGGCUCUGCAGGGCCCCCAGUGGAAGCAGGUGGUCUCGGCCAGGGCUCACGUCAAGGUGUCUCGCCUGCCCCGCGCGGUGUCCGUCAAGCGCCCAGCUGCCAGCCCCAAGAUCGUGCAGAAGAGCUUUUUGAAGGGCAGGCCGUUUGUUGGGGCGACGAAGGAGGAGAGGAUCGCUCACCGUCUGCGGGCCUCUGGGCCGUUCACGAUGGUGGGGGAGGACGAGAGGAGCUUCCUGGAGUGGCACGCGGUGGCGCCCGAGACCCAGGCAUACUACAAGGACGCCCUCGACGACUUCCAGACGUUCGUGGACCUCUUCGAGCUGCCGCUGCACACCGCGGCUCAGGUCGACCUGGCGCCGAUGAACUACGCCGACUACGCCUGGAGCAUCGGGCUCGAGAGAGCCGCCGUCCUGAAAACAUAUGCCGCGUACAUCUCGGCGCGCUCCGACUUUUCCCGAAAGGGGUCGCUCCGCCUGCCGCGUUUCUGUCGGGCCCUCCAGGGCUGGAGGCGCCUGGACCCGGGCCAGACGCGCCCGCCCAUGCCCUGGCAGGUGGUCGCGCUGGUCGCGCUGGUGAUGGCCACGCAGCUGGGGUCCCCGCACGCGGCGCUCAUGGUGGUGACGAUGUUCUGGGUGUACCUCAGGCCCUCCGAGGCCGUCGGCCUGCGCGAGCAGGACCUCUUCCCCCCCUCGGGCUCGCGCACGGACUACGGCUUCAACCUGCACCCCAGCGCGAGGGGCGAGUACAGCAAGACCAGCUUGUCGGACGAGAGCUUGCUCCUCGAUUCGGUCGAGGUGCCCUGGCUGGGCCCGCUGCUGGCGCGCGCGAGGUCGGGGGACCCGCAGGCGCCGCCGGUCCGUCUCACCGCCGCGCAGCUGGGCGUCAUGUGGCGUCAGUCGCUGGAGCUGGCCGAGGUGCCCACCAGGUACGUGCCCUACCAGCUCCGCCACGGUGGCCCGUCGCACGAUCGCCUCAAGAGGUAUCGAUCCAUGGGCGAGAUCAAGAGGCGCGGGCGGUGGGCCAGCGACUACACGAUGAAACGCUACGAGGCCCACGCGCUGGUGCAGCAGGAGCUUGCAGCGCCCCCAGUCGACGUCCGCCGCAGGGCCGAGGCGGCGCCCGCGAAGCUGCACGCCGAGCUCGAGAGGCUCCUGGCGCGGCCCCAGAGGCCGUUCGUCGAGCUCAUGUGCGGCUCCGCCGCCCUGGCCAAGGCCGUCCACGCCGCCGGCUGGGCUUCGGAAGGCUGGGACUACGCUGACGACCCGCGAGCCGACCUUCUUGAUGCGUCCCUCAUCGACAGUCUGGUUUUGAGGAUCUCACGGAAGGAGGUCGCGGGGGUGUAUGUCGGCCUGGACUGCAAAACGUGGAGCCGGGCAAGGAAGAAUGAUGGACAGGGUCCGCCGCCGCUCAGGGACGAUGCGAAUUUGCACGGCCUCCCUCUGCUGGCGGCGGCGGACGCUGAGAAGGUGAGGAUCGCCAAUCGUCUGCUCGCUAAUGUUCUGCGCCUGCUGGCUGCUGCCGUCGAGGCGGGAGUCCCCUUCUCUCUCGAGAACCCUCGCUCGUCUCGCCUCUGGCUGGUCCCAAAGCUGCUGGACAUGGCCCGCGACGCUCACGCCGAGUGGGCUUCUGUUGAUUAUUGCCAGUAUCAGGUCCCCUGGAAAAAGGCGACUACCUUUUUGCUUUUCAAUUGGCUGCCAGCGCAGCCUUCCCUCCGCCUGUGUACAGGCUGUCAAAAAAGGUGUAGUGCAACAGGUAAGGCACACAUAACACUGAAGGGUAAAGACCCGCUCGGUGUGUUCUGGACUUCGAGGGCGUGCCCUUACCCUGCGGCGCUCUGCAAAGAUCUUGCAGCGCUGGUGGUGGCCAAGGCCAAGACACUGGAUGGCAGUGGGUAG